GGUUAUUAUGUUUGAUUUGGACCUUUUUUUAAAAAUUUUUUUUUGGCAUGAGACUUAGUAGUAAUAAUAUUUAUUUUUCUUCAUCCAUUAUUUUAGAGAAUUUGAUUUUCUUUAACAAUUAUGGCUUUAGAUUGUACUUUGUGUUAUACUGAUCUUGUUGAUUUUUGAUGUGGUUUGCUUGUUCUUAGGGGAGUACAUUGCAAUUGUGGCUUCUUGAACACCAUAAUCCAUAGAACAGAGUUUCCGGACACACCAUUUUUGGGUAUAUACCAGUUAAAACGACCAAAACGAAAGUCCAACCCAAAAUUAUAAUCACUCACACACACAUAUACAUACAUUUCCUAUGUUACUUAGCAACUCCUUACAACGAAAUAAUUUUUUGGAAGAGAGGAAGAAGCAAUGAGUUCAUGCACUUCAAUCAGAGCAUUCGGCGGCAUUUUCUUUCACAGAUUCUGCAAUGGGGUUUCCCCCAGAUACCCAAAUUCCAUCAUCUUCCAUGGGAAUGGCUUUCUGGGCAAGAGCUUACCGGCAUUAUCUCCGUCUUCGUCUUCAUGGGCUCGGGUUUUUCAUAAUGGAUGUAGCAGUAGCAGCAGUAGUACUGGGGUCAGGACUAUAUGGACUGUCUCUCCUCUCUGCAUGGGCAGGCGUUCCAGCAAAAUAGCUGGAAGAAAGGGGGCUCAAGAUGCCAAGAAGGCAAAGCUGUAUGCCAGGAUUGGAAAGGAAGUAGUUUCUGCCGUGAAAAAAGGUGGCCCAAGUCCUGUAUCAAACUCAACCCUGGCUGCUAUACUUGAGAAAGCCAAGGAGCUCGAUGUGCCAAAGGAUAUUUUGGAGAGGAACAUUAAGAGAGCUUCUGAGAAGGGUCAAGAAGCUUACAUUGAGAAAAUCUACGAGGUAUAUGGUUUUGCUGGGGUCAGUAUUGUAGUUGAGGUUCUGACAGACAAGAUAACUCGAUCAGUGGCAGCUGUUAGAGAGGUAGUGAAGGACUGUGGCGGAAAGAUGGCUGACCCAGGAUCUGUGGUGUUUAAGUUCAGACGUGCUCGAGUUGUAAACAUAAAAGCCUCGGAUGUUGACAAGGAUCAACUCCUUGAUAUUGCAUUAGAUGCUGGCGCUGAGGAUGUUAUUGAACCUCCAGUGUAUGAAGAUGAUAUUGAUGAAGAUACUUCAGAGAGCUACUAUAAAAUUGUAAGCUCUUCAGAAAACUACUCUGCAAUACUGUCAAAACUACGCGAGGAAGGAAUAAGUUUUGAGACUGAUAAUGGUUCUGAAUUGAUUCCAGUUAGUACUAUUGAGGUUGAUGAUGAGGCUAUGGAGUUAAACAAGGAGCUUAUGACCAAAUUACUUGACCUUGAUGAUGUUGACGCUGUUUAUACAGAUCAGAAGUGAUGAAGACCCUCUAAUAUCAGCCAUGGAGCCCGUACGGAAGACCAUAGGGAAACUUUGCUCGGGCAAUCUCUUCAAAGGUGGAUCCAUCUAACAGCAGUGCAUAUCCACCUCCAUUUUUCUCACUAACCAUCGAUAUUACUACACCUGCAAUAUAUAGAGAUAAAUAAUUGAGUUAUUGGUGAAAAUAGACCCCUUUUAAUGCUCUAUGUAAAGUGACAUUUUUUUAAUAAUUUUUUGUAAAAUAGCUUCUAGACAGGUUGUCGUGAAUUUCUGAGAAGGUAUCGAGAGUGUCUGGAGUAGUAAUAGUGAGAGUACUCACCAUCAUCCUCUUCUGUUGCCCCCGGUCGAGCCACGAAGUAUGGUUCCGAUGGCACUGCACCUUCCUGAUACCAGUUCUUAGCCUCCUUCUUUACCAAAUCAAUCUGCAUUAUUAUAAAUUCGUUUACCUUAGUAAUGGUGUUCGAGGAAGUUGCAUGGCUAAUAUGUGAGUGUAGAGAUCAUAACUAACUAAAUUCUUUGUUA